GUUUCUGCCACUCAUGUUGAGGUCUGCCCUUCUGUUUCUUAGGGGAUUCAGCCAGGCAACACAUUGUGAGAGGAAUAUAGCUUCUUUACCUUUAAAAUGUUAUGGAUGCUGUCUGUGUCUAUUGAUAGAAAACCCUCUUAUCUGGUCUCUAAAGCUGUGCCUCCUCUCUUUCGUUCAUUAUGAAGACCCAGUGGAUUGCUUACUUAGCAUCCACCAGAGGCUAUGGAUAGGGUGAGCAGUCACUGCAGCCAGAAUUUCUCAGUCAAGAUCGCAUGCAAUUAUACUCAACAUGCAGAUCCUUUGGAGCUGAAUUGUGCUGGAUCCAGCCACUCGCCAGCUGACAGAGCCAUGUGGGGCUUGGGAGAAGAGCCACUUACACACAGCUAAGAAAGCAUUGCAGAAUAGAAGGAUGUUACCAGUCAGAAUAAAACCAGAUGAGGAGAUCCCCUCACAAUGGAAGAACCAACCCCAGUGCCUGUUCCUGUCGAUGUGGACAAAGGAUUGGCAUUGGCCUGUUUUGUCUUCCUUUGUUUCUUCCUCAUUGUAAUGAUUAUUCGCUGUGCCAAAGUCAUCAUGGACCCCUAUAGUGCCAUCCCCACAUCUACCUGGGAAGAGCAGCAUCUGGAUGACUGAAAGCAUCAUCCUGGGGCCUCAUAUCAAAGGCCUCCUCUUUCAAAAAAAAAAAAGCCAUGGGAGAGUCCCAGCUCUUUACAAGCCCUUGACAAGUGAUAGUUCUUUGAGCACAAAGAGGAAUGCAAACCUUUGCAAAUAGCUGCUUAUAAGAUGGAAAGUCCUAGAUUGGACCAAAUGUAGAAGCUAGAAUAGUUACUUAAAAAGAUUAUUUUUUUCCCCAUGUACCUUCUAGCAAGUAGGUAGACUAAAGGAGCAUUUAGGUGGACCAAUAAAUGUUUUGUAUUUAUUUUCAGGUUGCACUAAGAGAUCUUAUGAAUCCCUUUGUUAGUAGCCCCAAGUUCCUUCUGGCUAUUUUUACAUAGGGUUGAUGUUUCUCUUAAUGCUGGAGUAGAGGGAAGUAGAAUAUUUUGUCAAUUGAGGUUACAAUAUACCUUUUAGGCUCUGCUCUGACUGGAAGGCAUUACCUCUGGAAACUAGCUUCUCUUUCUCAGAAUUUGAGGGUGAGAACUCAGCCCCUCCAUGAAAACAAACAGGAAGAACCAUAGCUGAAUGAUAAUCGAGGGACAAUGAUAAUCAAGGCUUUCUUCAAGCAGCAAUUUUAGGCUUUUGGAGGGAGAGUGGUUUACUGAAAGAAGUACAACUCUGAGAGAUUGAGGUUCCCAUCUUGGUUCUGCCACUCAUUCACUGUGUGACCUUAGGCAAGUCACUUCUGCUUCUGGUGCCUCAGUUUCCUCAUCUGUAAAAUGGGGAAAAUACACCUUACCCUUUUUCACCUCUCAAGGAUAUAAAGAUAAAAUUAAAUCAUCAAUGUAAAAAUGCUUUAGAAUUAAAGGCAAUACAGUGGAGCUAAGGAUAUCCCAAGAGUAAUUGUGCUCAGGUCUGCCCCUCCAUCUACAAGAAUGGACUCUCCCAUCCCCACCUAUAUAAUAUAGGGGUGUCCAGGAGUCUGGACUGAUUGGAAGGUAGGCGUUUAUCAAAAGCCUUCCUUUGCGCCUUCUUCUAUCAUAGCUUCUAAUAGGACUUUAUCAGCCUUGACCACUCCUCCCAGAUUUAGAAUUUGAAAGGAUCUCAGCGGUUAUCAGGUCCAAAUCUCUCAUUUUACAAAUUAAGAAACCAAGGCACAGAGAAGUAAAGUAACUUGUCCACAGUCCCACAACUAGUUAAGUGUCUAUGGCCCCAGGCUAUUCCAAGGGGCUUGCCUAUGGGUCAGCAGGUAAACUUAUAGCCACUUCUGGGUCUUGGACCUAUUAGUGCAGUUGUGACUGUCAUUCUAAUGAUCCAUAGUAUUAGCAAAUUUUUUUGUUUAUUUUGGGGUUUUUUUGGAUCAAGCCAAAAUAUACAACUCUUCUGGGCACCCUUUCUUUAACCAGGAGGGGUCACAGCUUUCAUUCUCUUCAUCACCUGUAGAGAUCAUCUGAAGCAGAAGAUCAUAACAUAGGCUCAUAGCUUCUCACCUGCUUGAAAAGGUGCAUUCUAGCCACCCUAGCUUUUACAAACCAAUUUGGGAAUCUGGGUUCAAGGGGGAAGCAGCCUCCCAGAGCACCAUCACCACUUGGUGACAGCUGCCAAUAGCUGACUAGGUGCCCAGCUGUAUACACAGUGGUUCUAGGGCACACAUCUGGCCAUUCACCCACCCAUUGUGGGAAGCACAAACAAACUGAAGGCAGUCAACCUAGCUGCAAAGUCCCAGGGAAUGUUCCAGAUUUGACCCUUCAUAUGAAGAGGGGGGAGGUCUCCAGAGGGGGAGACCUUCUCCUCUGCCACUGAAAAAAAUCUUUAUUUAGCCAAUGCAGCAGCCUUCAAGUUUGCAGUCUACCUCGGAGAAAUAAAGCACCUUCUAAGAAAAAAGGCCCAUUUUUUGUGAAUUUGUAUUGUAAAUAAAUAUCUUCUCAUGAUUAGAGGAGAGGAAAGGAGAACCCUUGGGGUUCAUCUUCCCACCCACAUGCAGUUCUGGCUGAUGGUAAGAUGAGUUUCUCCUGCAGCUUUUCUAACUGGGAUCCAUUUGGGAGUUUUAUAGAGAGAUGGAAGCUGGAAAUUGGGUACUAAAUCUCAGCUCUGUGUGCUCCAGGAAAGAGGAAACACCUGCCAAGUUCUUGGCUGGGUAGCCUUUCUGCUGAAGAAGGCUGGCUUAAUUAUUCCAUUCUGUUCUUGAUUCCCUUGCCAUGGUGAUUUGUGUACAAAAGUGCAGUAAAUAAUAACAAAGAAAAAAGAAACAAAUGCAGGUAGGAAUUCUGAGACCUGCCUCAUUUCCCCUUGCUGGAACUAGGGCAUUUAUCCCUCUAACUGGACAUCUUGGAUAAUUCCACUUGUUAAAAACUUCACAGCAUUGCUAGAUUUAACAGUGAUAUCUCAGUGCCUAGAGAUCUUUUUAAGAAAGAAGGAGUAUUCUCAUUUUGUCAUGGUACUAGAGCAUAGAAAUCAGAGGCAGAAACCUGGAUUCAAGCACUAUCUCCCUCAAUAGCACUCUGUGGAAUUGAGAGCAACUUGCUUGAUUUCACUGUGCCUGAAUUAAAAAUAAAUAAAUAAAUAAAUAAAUGUCUGCCCUCCACCUACCUGGCAUGCUAUUAUGGGGAUUAAUGAAAUAGUUAUCACCAACUUGGUAAAAUUCAGUGAAAUAAGCACUCUAAAUAAAGUCUAAUUACUAAAAAUCUACUAUGAAUUGUUGAUUUAAAAAGAAGAGAACAUACCAGUGGGCAGUAUUCAAGAAUUUCCCAAGGGUACAAUCGAAGUCCUAACAGAUGAAAAUAAAAUGAAUUUCUUAGGAGUCAGUACAACUUCUGUGCUAGGGACAUGACAGAACAGAGGCAUGGGCAUAAGCAUCCUGAAGUUGGGCAGGUCUUAGUCCUAAACAGAGUAGGAAAUUGACUACAGGUGAAGCCUACAACAUCUCCUCCACCUACUGGCCAUUGCCUGAAAUUCUACCAUUACAUCCAGAACUUUUUAGAUAAAGGCUUUGAGCUUUGAAAGUACAAAUUCCCCAGGGCAGUGUUAUUAUGACCAGAAGAGUGUUUGGAGCCUGAAGGGAGUUAGGGAGAAGGUUUCCCAAAAUGGAAGGGAGGGUAGAGAGCUGGGAGAUUGGAGAUACCAGAGAUGAGCAGAGUUUAGAAUUUCACCUCCCAGCUAGAGUACUUCCAAAAGAGGGAUUUCUAUAAAGCAAGAUAUACCUGUGGAUGUAGUAAUUGAAGGGGAGCAGAAUUCUGUUUGGAAGAUCAACAUGGAAACUUCUUUAACAACGUUUAUAAACUUAUGGCAUUGUAUUGCUAUUAAGUGGUACUUCCUUGUUUUAAAGAAUGAACCUCUCUCUUUCUUAAAGAUUGUGGUCUAUGUGAAUGAAUUUUCAUUGAUUAAAACAAAGUUGACAUUUUCAUUCUCUGUCUAUACUUUCCUUACAGACUUCUCUCACAUAAGCUCUUUCCUAAUGGGGAAUGAAUCUGAUUUUCAAGCAGAGAAGUGUGUUUUAUCUUCUAUUAUCCUAACCUGUCUUCCUCCAGUUCUUCCUUUCCCAAAAUCCACCAAGGCAAACAGAUUACUUAUGUAAGAACAGGAAAAUUAAGAAGAAAAAUAAAAAAAAUUAUUCCUUCUAUGCUUCUGAUAUUUUACCAUGAUGCUCAUUCACCCAUAUCCAAUAGAGAUACAUUUUCUACGAAACAAUGGACUGCUAACCUACCUCACAGGGUUGUUGUGGGGAAAGCACACUGUAAACCUUGAAACAUGAUGCCAAUGUGAGCUGUUUGUUUUUUGCUGUUAUUUUCAGUGCAUGUAGCAAGUGCCUCUGCUGAGUCGUCAUUUUGGUUUUCAAUAGUUAUUCUGUUCCAGAAAGAGAUGCAUUCUGAGUAACUCAUUUAAAUGAACAAUAGAUGUACCAUCAGAUAAUAAAAUUAACCAUUUCAAUUGGAAAA